AUGUGCAGGCAUCAAAGGGCUAGACCAAUCAUCGUGGAUCCAGCAUUGCAGAUCUCAAACAAAACUGAGGUUGUAACAACAAAGGAGAAAAGAAGCAUGCCUUCAGCUUUCAAAAUAUUUGUAGGUUCGUCGUGGGUAAUAUUGAGCCGAUCAUUCCUGGAGUUCUGCAUAUUGGGAUGGGACAACCUUCCUCGCACGCUGCUCAUGUACUUCACCAAUUUCCUGUCGUCCUCGGAGGGAUACUUCCACACGGUGAUCUGCAACUCAAAGUACUACCAGAACACCACCAUUAAUAGCGAUCUCCGUUUCAUGGCGUGGGACAACCCCCCUCAGACGCACCCUCUCAACCUGACGGCCGAGUACUUCGACGCAAUGGCGAACAGCGGGCUGCCAUUUGCGCACUCUUUCACGCGUGACGAUCCGGUCCUGGAUAUGAUUGACACUGAGCUGUUGAGGCGAGCGCCCGACCGCUUCACACCAGGUGGAUGGUGCCUGGGUAGCCCGGUGGGUGGCAAAGACCCCUGUGCCUUUUUCGGAAGGUCGUUUGUUCUCAGGCCGAUUAAAGGUUCGGGGAAGCUAGAGAAGUUGUUGUUGAAACUUUUGGAACCUGACAACUUCAGGCCUAAACAGUGUAUAUAA